AUGCCGGGGGGACGAAGGGGCCUGGUGGCCCCGCAAAACACAUUCCUCGAGAACAUCGUGCGGCGCUACAAUUCCCUACCGGACUGCAGCUUCCUGCUGGCGAACGCGCAGAUCGUGGACUACCCGAUCGUGUACUGCUCGGAGAGCUUCUGCAAGAUCUCCGGCUACAACCGGGCCGAAGUGAUGCAGAAGAGCUGCCGCUGCAGCUUCAUGUACGGCGAGCUCACCGACCGGCCGACCAUCGGCAAGCUGGAGCACUGCUUGGAUGCGCACGCGCAGGACCAGCUCGAGAUACUGCUGUACAAGAAGAACCGCACGCCGCUCUGGCUGCUGCUCCACGUGGCGCCCAUCAAGAACGAGAAGGACCUCGUGGUCCUAUUCCUGCUCACCUUCCGGGACAUCACGGCGCUCAAGCAACCACUCGAGGACGACGUCUCCAAAGCAGGCCUGAGCAAGUUCGCCCGGCUGGCCCGCUCGGUGACGCGCAGCCGGUCGGUGUUGGUGCAGUUCUCGUCGCACCUUCCGGCCGCCAUCAAGGCGGAAGCCGGCCCCGGCACCUCGCGCCAGUCGCAGAUCGCGCACAUGAUGAGCCUGAACGCCGAGGUUCUGCCCCAGUACCGCCAGGAGGCGCCCAAGACGCCGCCUCACAUACUGCUCCACUAUUGCGCCUUCAAGGCCAUCUGGGACUGGGUGAUCCUAUGUCUGACCUUCUACACGGCCAUCAUGGUGCCGUACAACGUGGCCUUCAAAAACAAGACGAGCGAGGACGUGUCGCUGCUCGUGCUCGACUCCAUCGUGGACGUCAUCUUCUUCAUUGACAUAGUGCUCAACUUCCACACCACCUUCGUAGGACCCGGUGGAGAGGUGGUGUCCGACCCAAAGAUAAUCCGCAUGAACUACCUCAAGUCAUGGUUCACCAUCGACCUGUUGUCGUGCCUGCCGUACGAUGUUUUCAACGCAUUCGACAACGGCGAAGACCAACAGGGCAUCGGCAGCCUAUUCAGCGCGCUCAAAGUUGUCCGCCUGCUGCGGCUGGGCCGCGUGGUUCGCAAGCUGGACCGCUACCUGGAGUACGGCGCGGCCAUGCUCAUCCUGCUGCUCUGCUUCUACAUGCUGGUCGCCCAUUGGCUCGCCUGCAUCUGGUACAGCAUCGGACGCAGCGAUGCCGAGAACGGCGUCCAGUUCAGCUGGCUGUGGAAGCUGGCCAACGUCACGCAGUCACAGUUCAAGGCGAGUACAGUGACGUCAACACAAAGAGGAGAUGCGGAGCUCGUAGGCGGACCCCCUCGUGGCACAAUGUACGUGACGUCACUCUACUACACCAUGACGUGCAUGACGAGCGUCGGUUUCGGCAAUGUGGCCGCCGAGACUGACAACGAGAAGGUCUUCACCAUAUGCAUGAUGAUUAUUGGAGCGCUGCUGUACGCGACCAUCUUCGGCCACGUGACGACCAUCAUCCAACAAAUGACGUCAGCGACGGCGCGCUACCACGAGAUGCUGAACAACGUGCGCGAAUUCAUGAAGCUGCACGAGGUUCCGCGAGCCCUGAGCGAACGCGUCAUGGACUACGUGGUCUCCACCUGGGCCAUGAGCAAAGGAAUCGACACCAAGAAGGUGCUCAGCUACUGCCCCAAGGACAUGACGGCGGACAUCUGCGUGCACCUGAACCGCAAGGUCUUCAACGAACACCCGGCCUUCCGGUUAGCGAGCGACGGUUGCCUUCGCGCCCUGGCCAUGUACUUCAGCAUGGACCACUCGGCUCCAGGCGACCUGCUCUACCACACCGGAGAGAGCAUCGACACACUUUCGUUCGUCGUCGCCGGCUCCCUGGAGGUGAUCCAGGACGACGAGGUGGUCGCCAUCUUGGGUCGCGGUGACGUGUUCGGUGACGCGUUCUGGAAGGAGCCCACCAUUGGCCAAUCGUGCGCCAACGUGCGCGCGCUCACCUACUGCGACCUGCACUCCAUCAAGAGAGACAAGCUGCUCGAGGUGCUCAACUUCUACCACGCGUUCGCCAACUCCUUCGCGCGAAACCUACUGCUCACAUACAACCUCAGGCACAGGCUCAUCUUCCGCAAGGUGUCUGACGUGAAGCGCGAGAAGGAACUCGCCGAGAGGCGCAAGCACGAGCCCCUCCAGGAACUGUCCCAGGACCACCUGGUGCGAAAGAUAUUCUCCAAGUUCCGCAAGAACGGCUCGGCCAGCUCGACGGCGACCACUCCGGCGGGAGGAGGUCCCACCAUGGGGGACCACGGCCGCGCCCCUUCCUCCCCGCUCGCCAUCCUGCCCUCACCCGACGUCGAGAAGGGUGCCCUGGUCCGUCCGGCGUCUCAGGUACCCGCAAUCGUGGCGAGUAGCCACGACGGCUUGGCGCCUCAGCCCCAGUCGGUGCCAAAGGUGGUGCACAUCUCCGAGGCUCCGCCCACGUCUACACACGCCCCCAAACUGUCCCGUUGGGCGGCACUGCGAUCGGAUUCCGUCUCCACCGGAGACAACAAGGAGAAUCAGCCGGCGGACAACGCACAGCCGCACCAGGUCAUCGUCAAGCCGACGGUACCGACAGCUGCUCCCGCGACGCCAUCCAUCAAAGAACAGCCAGCCGCGGCCGCCAGCACCACGCUCGCUCCUCCACCGAGACCCAGUGCUUCCGGAGGAGCUGGUCCGCCUUCAAACGGCGGGGCCACCACCGGCACCACUCCGUUACGGGGCCUGUCCAAGUGGGCCAAGAGCAUGAGCUCCAAGCACGAGACCAUCGAAGAGACGGCAGAGCCAGAGACUUCUAGUCCAGGCGGGCGCGACUACCAGCAGCUUCUGGCGAACCUGAUGGACAUGAGGGUAGACCUCAAGAUGGAGAUGCAGAGGUUGCACACCAAGGUGUCCAGGAUAGACGAGCACCUCAUGGAACUGCUCAAGAGCACCGGAAGUGGCGGAAGCGGGCCUUCCUCGCCUCCGAGGGGAGACCCACCACCGGAGGCCUGCGGCGACGUAGCGGGCGAGAGUGCAACGGUGACUUCGUGCUCUUCCAGACGUGCCGGAGGCGGCGGGAAGACUUCUUCGAGGCAGGACACCUCGGAUGGCAAGAGCCGCAGUCACUCGCUCAAGCGCAAGUCCAGCCACAAGACGAAGGACGCCAGGGACUCUAAUAAAACUUCGGCCGCCCCCACGGACUCUUCGGCAGCGGUGCGUGCCAUGCUUGAGAGCGAGAUCGCCGAACAGGACACCGAGUGCGGUACACCGGGACACGCUGUCACCUCGCCUUCGUCGUCGCAGCAACAGCCCGACAAGCAGCAAUAA